UUUAUUUUAUUUUUAUUUUUAUUUUUGUAGAGACAGCAUCUCGCUAUGUCGGCCAGAUCAGGCCUCGAACUCCUGGCCUCAAGCAAUCCUCUCGCUUCAGCCUCUCAAAGUGUUCGGAUUACAGGCGUGAGCUACCACGUCUGGACUGUACUUUCCUUACUUUUGAUAACCUGACAACUUUGAGGAAUAUUGGUCAGGUAUUUUGUAGGAUGUCCCACUAUUGGAAUUUGUUUGAUAUUUUUCUCAUUAUGAAACUGAGGUUAUGGUUUUCAGGGAGGGAGACCACACAGGUAAUACGCCACAUUCAUCACAUCAUAUUGACUACAUGCCAUCAAUAUGAGUCACGAUUGUUGACGUUGACUUAGAACAUCUGGCUGGGGUAGUGUCUGUCGGCUUUCUCCAUUGUAAACCUACUCUUUUCCCCUUUCCAUAUUGUACUAUUUUGGAGGAAGUCACUGUGCACAGCCUAGGGUAGAUGUCUACAUAAAUUAUUUGGAAUUAUUCUGUAUAGGAGAUUUGUCUCCUCUCCACCUUUUAUUUAUUCAAUUAUUUAUUUAUAUCACUGUAGACUCAUGGAUAUUUUUUACUUAGGCUUGUAAUCCAAUACUGCCUUGUUCAGUUUACUUCGUUGCUCAAAUGGUUCCAUCUUUGGCAACUGGGAGCUCUUUCAGGUGGUUCCUAUGUCUAAACAUUCUCCCAUCAAGGCAGGAUUCGUUCUUUAUUUUUAUUUUUUUACUUCUCAUUCAAUUGAGACAGAGUCUCAUUCUGUCGCCCAGGCUGGAGUGCAGUGGCGCGAUCUCGGCUCACUGCAUCCUUGACCUCCCAGCCUCAAGUGAUCCUCCCUCCUUAGCCUCCCAAGUAGCUGGGAUCACAGCGCGCGCCACCACGCCCAGUUAAUUUUUUUUUAUUUUUUGUAGAGAUAGGCUUUCACCAUAUUGCUCAGGCUGGUCUCAAACUCCUGGGCUCAAGAGAUCCUCCCCCUUCGGCCUCCCAAAGUGUUAGGAAUACGGGCGUGAGCCACCGCGCCCGGCCCGAUUUUUCCUUUCUUGAGUAUCAUCACUUCCUUACUUUUCAGCCUCAGCCUUGUUUUUCAAGGUGCUUUACCACCACCUGGCACAAUCCACACUUUGUGUUUAUCUCUCCCCGUUAAAGUGCCGGGACCUGGAGGGUGGGUCUUGGCAGUAUUUUUGAGCGCGGUGGGCACACAAGGGGACGCUCAGUUGAUAUCCAGGGAAUGAUGAGCCCGGCGGGUGUUGAGGCCGACUGGAGAGAGGUUGGCCGGCAGGGUUCCGGGAAGGCAGUGCUCGGCCUGUGUGUGACCGCAGGCUCCUCGCCCGCCUCCUCGAGGGUCCCAGGGAUGCAGUACCUGCCGCAGCUUGCGCAGCCACACCCACGCUCAGAGACCGCUUCCAGCGUCCUCGCCGCGGAAACGCACCGGACUGCAAAUGUCACCACCGCAGCGGGGAUUCCCGGGGAAAGUCCAGCGCGCUCCCUGCCCUGGGGACCAGAGGAUGAGCGGAGGAAGUGUCUUGGGCGGCAAACAUCCCACUCCCCGCGCCGGUGCGCGCAGCCCGCGGGAACGCCCCGGUGCUCGCGGGAGGGGCUGGAGCUCGUCCCCCGGCUCCGGGCGGUCCCGAGCGCACGGACUCCGGGUGGGGCGGGAACCCGUGCUCUGUAAGCCGGCUGCCGCCGCGCCCCAGCGCUGUCAUCCCGGGGCGGGGCCUGGUCCCCAGCUGUGGUCGCUUCCUAAGCGGCGGGGGCUGAGCCGGCGGCGCCCAGAUGCGGCCGCGGCGGCGCGGAGCUCGGGCGGCCGUGGAGGAGCCCAGCCUCGGCCGCAGGAGGCGCCUGGAGCGGAGCCGCCGGGAGCCGCGCAACAGGUUUCCUUCCGCAUCGCUGCGCCCACAGGGGACGCGCGCCCUGCCGGGAGAGGGGCUUCUCGGUUCGCACUCUCGCUCCCGGUCCAGGCAGAAUGAAAGACCGGCUAGCAGAACUUCUGGACUUGUCCAAGCAAUAUGACCAGCAGUUCCCAGACGGGGACGAUGAGUUUGACUCGCCCCACGAGGACAUCGUGUUCGAGACGGACCACAUCCUGGAGUCCCUGUACCGAGACAUCCAGGACAUUCAGGAUGAAAACCAGCUGCUGGUGGCCGACGUGAAGCGUCUGGGAAAGCAGAACGCCCGCUUCCUCACGUCCAUGCGGCGCCUCAGCAGCAUCAAGCGCGACACCAACUCCAUCGCCAAGGCCAUCAAGGCCCGGGGCGAGGUCAUCCACUGCAAGCUGCGCGCCAUGAAGGAGCUGAGCGAGGCGGCCGAGGCCCAGCACGGCCCGCACUCGGCGGUGGCGCGCAUCUCGCGGGCGCAGUACAACGCGCUCACCCUCACCUUCCAGCGCGCCAUGCACGACUACAACCAGGCCGAGAUGAAGCAGCGCGACAACUGCAAGAUCCGCAUCCAGCGCCAGCUGGAGAUCAUGGGCAAGGAAGUCUCGGGCGACCAGAUCGAGGACAUGUUCGAGCAGGGUAAGUGGGACGUGUUUUCCGAGAACUUGCUGGCCGACGUGAAGGGCGCGCGGGCCGCCCUCAACGAGAUCGAGAGCCGCCACCGCGAGCUGCUGCGCCUGGAGAGCCGCAUCCGCGACGUACACGAGCUCUUCUUGCAGAUGGCGGUGCUGGUGGAGAAGCAGGCCGACACCCUGAACGUCAUCGAGCUCAACGUACAAAAGACGGUGGACUACACCGGCCAGGCCAAGGCGCAGGUGCGGAAGGCCGUGCAGUACAAGAAGAAGAACCCCUGCCGGACCCUCUGCUGCUUCUGCUGUCCCUGCCUCAAGUAGCAGGCCGGCCCAGGCCGCCACCGCCCAUCCCAGACCAUGGAGCGCGCUGGGAAGGAGCCACCAAAGCCGGGAGCUCUACCCUGCAGGGAGUUGCCCCAACUGUUUCCGGAACUCAGUCUUUAGAGAAGAAACGCCAGGUUCAAGAAUUGCAAACCAGCCCGUGCUUGGAAAGAUGGUUAGUUGAUACCGUCCGAUGAUUCUUCAGUAAAGAUAGAUUCCUACAAAGUUGUGCAAUGUCAUUAUAUGACACCUUGCACUCUUACCCUCUUGACAGAAGCCAAGUAAGGAACUGACGUUGUAUCUGACUGUAGGGUGGAUGUCUGAGGCCUGCCUCCUAAUAAAGACUCAAGGAGGAAGUCAAUUGGGCAUCUGCUAAUAGAAUGAACUCAUGAUGGAAACUUCAGUUCAUUUACUUUGUCCUGAAAAUUCCCUGGUUCUGUUCCAUUUUGAGCGAAAUUGGCCUUGGGAAAAACCACGUUCUUCCUUUCCAAUUCUUCAUCCGGUCUACGCUGUGCAAUUCCUCCCCAAAUAUAGAUCUUAUUUCUGCUCAUUUCCCCUACUUAUUAAAAUCACACCAAACACUUACUAUUUUCUUAUCUCUUUCACUUUUUAAAUGUAUUUCACCAGGUUAUAUUUUGGUAUUAUUUUUCCAAACAUUUGUAAGCACUGAAUAUCGAACAAGCACUCAAAUUGAAGUAUCAGUCACGUUUUAUGUAUUUUUUCACUGAUAAAAAUUAUUUAACAUUUAUCUUUUUACUUUAUUACAUAUGCACAUAUAUGUAAAUGUAAAAUACUAAUAUUCACUAAUGUAUGUACAUAAUGAUCAAUUGGUUUAACUUCUUUUAUGUAAGUAUGGUAUAUAAAUUUCAAGAAGAACA